AUGGCAAUUGCCAUAGUUUAUAUGGCUAAGGAAUUCAAUUGGAAUCAUACUACACAAGGAUUUGUAUCGUCAUCAUUUUAUUUUGGAUAUUUUACGACUCAAAUUAUAGGAGGUGCGCUUACUGAUAAAUUCGGUGGCAGGAUAGUAUUAGGCAUAGGAGUUGGUGAAGGUGCAACUUUUCCAUGUAUUCAAUCCUUAAUCACUAAAUGGUUUCCACCUGAAGAACGAAGUAGAGCUAUUUCAAUAAUAUUUGUUUCUAAUUUUAUUGGUAUGGCAGUCGCUAUGCCAAUUUCAAAUAUAUUGGGUUCUAAUUAUCCAGGAAUUAGCAAAGAAGAAUUAGAUUGGAUUUUGGAAAGCAAGUCAAGUUCUUAUUCUCAUGAUAAUUUUGGACACUAUCAAUCAGGAUCCAGGGAAUAUAUUACGAUUACUGAAGAUGAUCAUGGUAUUCAAAACGAAAACGAUACGUUAUUACCAAAGAAUCAAAUAUCAUCAAGACCACAUUAUAUAGAUAAAAUUCCUUGGAAAUUGAUAUUUUCUCGUCGUGAAGUGUGGGCAAUUUUACUUGGUCAAUUUUUUAAUUCAUGGGGUUAUUAUAUUCUGCUUAAUUGGCUGCCAAUAUUUUAUUAUGAACAUUUUCAUGUUGACAUUAAUUUAAUUGGAUAUUACACUGGUAUGAAAUCUUAA